UUGAACGGCCAAACUAACAAACGCGUCUUCCACGCACGCACCCACCCCUGGUUUCUCGUCGUCGUGCCGUGCCCCCGCCAUCCGCCACGCGCUUACUCCGCCUAUACACGAACCCACGCGCCCGGCCGCUUGUCACACUCGCACUCCACAAGACACUCCCUCCUCCGCGGCUCAUUCACACCACCCCACCCCACCCCACGGUCGAUCGAGGUGCAGAGGCAUGAGGGGUUCACGGUGGUGCUGCUGCUGCUUCGGCCGAGGCGGCGGCGGGGCCGGGCGGUCGGGGAGCGUGGCCGACGACGGGCUGGUGUGGGACGUGGGCCUCAAGGCGCACGCCUCCGGCGAGUACUCCGUCGCCGUGGCCCAGGCCAACGAGGCGCUCGAGGACCAGGCGCAGGUGCUCGUCUCCCCCGCCUCCACGCUCGUCGGCGUCUACGACGGCCACGGCGGCCCCGACGCCGCCCGCUUCGUCAACGCGCGCCUCUUCUCCCUCAUCCAAGAGUUGGCGUCCCAGAGCGGGGGCCUCUCGGCGCAGGUGAUCAAGAGGGCCUUCGGCGCCACGGAGGAGGAGUUCAUGGGCAUGGUGGAGAAGUCGUGGCCGUCGCAGCCGCGGCUCAUGUCCGUCGGCUCCUGCUGCCUGGUGGGCGCCAUCGAGGACGGCACGCUCCACGUCGCCAACCUCGGCGACUCGCGCGCCGUGCUGGGCCGCCUCGCCAGCACCGCCGGGAAGAAGCGCCGGGCCCGGGCGGUGGUGGCGGAGCGGCUGUCGCGGGACCACAACGUGGCCGACGAGGAGGUGCGGCGGGAGGUCGCCGAGGCGCACCCGGACGACCCGCACAUCGUGAUGAGCAGCCACGGCGUGUGGCGGAUCAAGGGGAUCAUCCAGGUGUCCCGCUCCAUCGGGGACGCCUACCUGAAGCGGCCCGACCUGUGCAGCCCGGCGGUGAUGCAGUCGCUCUGCCCGUUCCCGCUGCGCCGCCCGGUCAUGAGCGCCGUGCCGUCGGUCACCUCCCGCAGGCUGCGCCCCGGCGACCAGUUCAUCAUCUUCGCGUCCGACGGGCUGUGGGAGCAGCUCAGCGACGACGCCGCCGUGGGCAUCGUGUCCCGCAGCCCGAGGAAGGGCGUGGCGAUGCGCCUCGUGCGGGCCGCGCAGCUGGAGGCCGCCAGGAAGAAGGACAUGAGGUACGAGAGCAUCGCGGCCAUCGAGAAGGGCCGGAGAAGGCGCUUCCACGACGACAUCACCGUCGUCGUGCUCUUCCUCGACAACAGGUGCGAGGGCACGCCGCAGUCCACGGUCGGGGCCGGCGAGAUCGACGGCACGCGCGCCCCCGUCGACGUGUUCUCGCUCGGCCCCGACGACCACGGGGACGACCCGACCAGGCCCGUGCUGCGCUGAUCGUUCUGCCAGCCGGUCAGUCGGUCAGCGACGUGGAUGCUCACCGAAAACGUGCUCGCGGUGUUAAUUUUCAGAGACUUUUUGCUCCCUGAAACGGAAGAUACGGGAGCGUGCGUUCUUUGCUUUCUGCAUCGAACUAAGAGGAUUUUCAUAUGUUAUGUUUAAUUAGUUGUGUAGAUAAUUAGUGCCGUGUCGUGUUGGUGUGCAGAGAAUUAAGUGGUAUACUGUACUCUGUGCUUAAGCUUCUUCUGUGAUCAAUUCAGAGGUUGCUUUGCCCCCCUCCA